AUGACAACAUCCAGAGAAGCGACAACAACAUUUGUUGAACGUUUUAUUGGGAGGGGAACAAUGGGGCAAGUGUAUGAAUUGAUUGGACACAAACCCCCAGCUGUCAUUAAAUAUAUGCUUUGUGGAAAUGAUGCACAAUUGGAGACCUUCAAGAAUGAAUGUGAAGCUUUGAAGAAGAUCUAUCAUGAAAAUAUUGUCCGAUUGUAUCGAUAUACAGAAGAAGGAAUAAAAGUCGGAAUUGUGAUGGAAUAUUGUCAGAAGGGACGACUCAAGGGAGUGAUCCUUGAUCCAACAAUCACAUAUUCAAUGAACACUGUUCUCACCUGGGGAAUCCAAUUAUUUGAUGCCAUUGAUCACCUGUAUCAGAAACACAAAUUGGUACAUCGAGAUAUCAAGCCAGACAACAUUUUUGUGACCAAUGAACACCAGCUGAAGAUUGGCGACUUCAGAUUGGUAAAAGUAGUGGGAGAUGGAACUGUUACGGGGACGUUUAUUGGAACGCUACAAUAUAUGAGUCCACCUGAUAUGAAGGAAGAUGGGGCACAACGGGAUGUUUAUGAACAAAUAAAGGAGGCUGAUGUAUCGAAUUCCCAUCGAAAUGAUGUCUACAGUCUGGGACUUGUUAUGUGGGAAAUCAUUGAAAGGAGAACCAUUUUUUCAAACUAUGUGAUGUAUGGAGUCUUUGAUCGUGACCAAUUAUUGAUUGAUAUAGCACUCAAACGUGUGACUGAAAUCGAAUCACCUGAAUGUCAAUCAGAAAUUCAAAGAAUCAUCUUGAGAUGUACUAACUUUCAACGUAUCCAUCGUCCACCAGCUUCUGAAGUCUUGGAUUUCUUGAAACAAACACAGAAGGCAAAUCAAUUCAUCUCUUCACUCUCUUUUAUGCCCACAGAAGAUAAAAACCAAAAAGGACUGAAGAAACCAAUUGGAUUUGAUGAUAGAACAGAAGGGGUUAUGGUUGAAUCUGAGGAAAGGAAAUAUGAAAAGAGAUUCGAGGAAGAUAGAAGAUGGGGCAUCGAAAAAAUCUCCAGAAUAAUCGAAGAUAAACUCGGAACACUAAAUUAUGCUGAAAGAGAGAAAUUCUACAAAGAAGCACCAAAUAUUGUUUCAAGAUUAAAAGAAGAAACUCAGACAUUCAAAGAUGCUCGUUAUGUGAUUUACGAAAUAUUGGAGGAAGAAGAAAAGGAGGGAAAUCUACGUGAAAAGGAUAUUUAUGAAAUCUUUGAAUUGUUUGUUUUGGGAGAUUUUCGGAGACAGUUCUGGGAAGAAAUCUUUGCUUUCUUAGAGCUUAAAAGUCACGAGGAGAUUUGGAUAUCAAGGAAAUGUCAAAUGGAUGGAUUUAGAAAAACGGAAGAAUGGUCAGAUCUACCUAAAGAAUUGCACAUUCCAGUAUGUGGUGAAAUCACGGAAAAUGAGGAUGCACCCACACCCACAAAUAAGAGAAAGCUUUUGAACCAGAUUUUCACCAAAAGGAGAAUUGGAAUGAAAACUUUUUAUUGCGACCAGAAAACCGUUCUUGAUCACCACGUGGGAACGAAGGAGAAAGGAGAAAAUAAGAAUGAAGUUAUGAAAACUCUCAUUUUCCUACUUGGGUUCUUAUUUUGUUUGACCAAAUCGGCUCCGGAGAACGAGCGGAUCACGAGUUUGCCGAAUUUCAAAGGAAAUCUCCCAUUCAAGCAAUAUUCCGGAUAUGUUGAUAUAAAUCCGACAAAAAGCUUGUAUUAUUGGUACGUCGAGUCACAAAACAAACCAGACACCGAUCCAGUGGUCUUGUGGCUAAAUGGUGGACCUGGAUGUUCGUCGUUGCAAGGGUUGACCGUUGAAUUGGGCCCUUUCCGAGUCAACAAUUUCGGCGAAGAGGUGGUGUUGAAUCCGUACUCGUGGAACAAGUACGCUAACAUCAUCUUCCUGGACGCACCGGCCGGUGUCGGUUUCUCGGUUCGACGAGACGGCUUGUGGAAUUACACGGAUGAUGAAGUGGCAAAUGAUAAUCUCAUUGCAAUGAUGUUGUGGUUUGGGGAAAUUCCCGGAGGGCCGCGCAAACGACUUCUAUGUGGCUGG